AUGCGCGCUCUACACAUGGUCAGAAGCUCGCCGGGCUGGAGCUCUUGGGCGCCCCCACCCCGCGCAGGAGGCGUGGAGGGCGGGGCGGAGGCUGCCCGGGGCUCCUCCCCUUGCCGAAGCAGCGCGCGGGACAGAGCCGGGUGGGCCAGGCAGGCGGGCGGGCAGGCGGGAGCGCAGCGGCCCUGCGGGCGCGGGGGAGAAGGGCCGGCUCCUCCUGCGGGCUCUGCUGGCCUCCCGCGGCGGGCGGGCGGGAGACGCUCCAUUGCCCGGCCUGACCUGGCCCGCCGCCCGGCCGCCUUCGGGGGGAGCCCGCCGCGGGGCUGCAGGGCCGCGGGAUGGCUGGGCGCGGGGGCCGGGGCGCCUGGCGCAGGAGGAGCCCCCGCUAGGCCCGCGCAGCCCUGCCCGCCGGGGAGCGCCGCAGCCGUCGGGGGAGGCCUGCUGUGGCUGGCGCUGAGCGGCCCGGCGGAGGCGAGGCGGCCGCGGCGAGGGGAGGCGGGGGAGGCGGCCAAGCGGCGGCGGCAGGAGGAGCCGUCGGGGGCGGCGGAGGAGCGGGUGCCGCUGGGCCGCGUGGCGCGGGACUACGUGGCGCCGUGCCUGGGGCUGUACGGGCUGUGCGUGAAGGACGGCUUCGCGGGCGAGGCGCUGGGGGCGGCGGUGCUGGCCGAGGUGGGCGCCCUCCACCGCGCCGGCAAGUUCCGCGACGGCCAGCUGGCCAGCCCCGCCGGGCCCCCCGCGCGCACCGUGCGCGGCGACCAGAUCGCCUGGGUGGAGGGCCGCGAGCCCGCCUGCCGCGCCAUCGGCGCCCUCGUCGCCCGCCUCGACCGCCUCCUGCUCCACUGCGCCGGACGCCUCGGCCGCUACCACAUCACCGGCCGCACCAAGGCCAUGGUGGCAUGUUACCCCGGCAACGGCAUGGGUUAUGUGCGGCACGUGGACAACCCCAGCAGGGACGGGCGCUGCGUCACCUGCAUUUAUUACCUGAACCGGCAGUGGGACAGCAAGGUCCACGGGGGGAUCCUGCAGAUCUACCCCGAAGGGCGGUCGGUUGUCGCCAACAUAGAGCCCAUCUUCGACCGCCUGCUGCUCUUCUGGUCGGAUCGGCGCAACCCACAUGAAGUGAAGCCGGCCUACGCAACAAGGUACGCCAUCACGGUCUGGUAUUUUGAUGCCAAAGAGCGGGCAGAAGCCAAAGGGAGGCAUCAGCUGGCUGCUGCCCAGAAGGAGGACCCCCCUCCCGCCACGCUGACCAACGGCCCCACCUGACAGGAAGCCGGAAGAUGUCGUGGAGACUGGACAGCCAGAGAUGCUGGGCUCUCUUGGGCCAUUUCAAGCCGCCGCCGCUGCUGCCGCCGCCACCACCUGCGUCUGCUGCCCCGAACCCUGGCCAGGUGUGGCGGGAGGGUCCGUAGUCCCGGCCCAGAAGAGGAAAAGGGGUUGCUUAGGGCGAGCGGAGCCCGGAGGAGGAGAAAAGGGCUGGGCAGGCCUUGCAUUUGUAGGAACAGCCCCUCUGCUAAGGUUCCUUUCCGCUUCCUUGUUUCAAGGGGGGGCCCUUCCCUGCUCAAGGCCCCAUUGUAGGUGCCCUCCUCAAUGGCAGGGACCUUCCAGUUCCCCCCAGAGCUGCUGUGCAUGCUUAGCCUGCUCAUGUUGAUCCAUCAGUCAGUCAGUUGCGCUCAAGAGAGAGCAGGAAAGCCCCAGGAGGACGGAGGGGAGGGCAGCGAGGGGGGAGGAAGAGAGGAGAUGGAAUAAACAUUACCUCACGGAAA